GCUGUUAUUGACAGUUUAUCUCAUAAUCUUGAAUUUUACAGUUUCAACUCGUGUGAUUUAUCCAUUGUAAAAAUAUGGAUUGUUUACAUUGUCAUAAAAAUCUGAGAUUCAUGAAGACUGCUUGAGAUGAUUUGAUCUGAAAAUCAGGUGAUAACAAUUGUGGACUUUGAUCAAGCAGAUAGUGUUUCCAUUCAAGAAAACUGGUUGAGUGAAUAAUCGCCGUCCCAAAAUAGCCAUGACAUCCAAUUCACCAAUACGGAAUUUGAUUGGGAUAUCGUGGAUCUUAAGAUUGAUUUUAACUUUGGUACCUCAACAUGGUUAUAUUCAACCAGAUGAAUUUUUUCAAUUUACUGAGCCCAUCAUUGGUGAUUUCAUGGGUAUAAAGUCACUUAAAACUUGGGAAUUCAAAGUUGAUCAGCCUAUCAGAAGUAUUUCCAUGCCUCUUCUAUUGAAUUCACCAUUCCUACUUCUUAAGCAGAAAUGGUUGAAUAGCUAUAUCAUUAUGGUUCUACCUCGAUUUAUAUUUACUGGACUAUCUUUCAUUGCUGAUUACUGCUUAUACAAAAUUUCAAAAUUAACCCUUGGAUGGCAAUGGUCAUUUCCAUGUUUAGUUUUUUCAACAUCUUACCUGACUUUGACCCAUUUGACUCACACUUUCACCAAUUCAUUAGAGACUAUCUUUAUAUCAGUGGUAUUGUAUAUUGUCAUCAGCAGUUUGUCCAUCAAAAAAACCAAACAUCAUCAUUUACUUGGCAUCAUUUUAGCCAUGGGUAUAUUUAAUCGUCCAACAUUUCCGAUAUUCGCAACUAUUCCAGUUCUUUUUUGGCUUUCGAUUGGUAAAAAUAAAUUCCCCAAGAGACAAUGGAGAAAUGGUGUAAACAUGUUACCCAGCUUUAGCAUUGCUAGUUUGGCAAAUGUUCUGGUUGACACGGCUUAUUAUCGUCGAGAUAUUUUUGAUCAUUUCAUUGAACUGCUUUCUGGAGAAUUGACUUUGACACAAUUUUUAGAUAAAACAUCUUUAAUUUUUACGCCUUGGAAUUUCAUAAAUUACAACAGAGACACUAGCAAUUUGAAAAAUCAUGGUCUUCAUGAUCCUUUCCAUCAUAUGUUAGUGAACGUUCCAUUGUCGUUUGGUUUACUUGGACUUUUGGCAUAUUUGGAAAUUUUCAAAAUUUCAUUGCAACCUUUCAGAUACAAAAUGAUUCCCGCUCGAAAAAUAAUGUUGCUCUCAUUUUGGAUAUCCCUGAUUACUUUAUCAUUCAUUCCUCAUCAAGAACCGAGAUUUCUUCUUCCAUGUCUCAUCUUUCUUUCCUACCUUUAUGCUGAAAAGUUACGAGUUCGGAAAUCGCUUUUCUUUUGUUGGAUACUAUUCAAUAUCUUUUUCACGUACAUCUAUGGUUUUGUUCAUCAAUCUGGUGUAACAAAAGCACUUUUUGAGUUGAAUAGUAAUAUUGUGCAAGAUAGAGAUUCGAGAUUCGAUAUAAUAUUUUCACGUACCUAUCUUCCGCCACAAACAUUGCUGAAUAUACCAGUUAAUAAUGAAAGAGUGCUUUUUCAUGAUCUCUCAAUUUUGGAUUUUCCUGAAUCCAUCACAAAUAAACUGAGAGAAGUGGGCAAUGAUACAUACCGAGAUAAAGUAUACUUGAUUCAACCUAGUGCGCUUUCAUGGUACCUAGAAAAGUUAAAUAACAAUUGGGAUAACAUUUCGUUUACUCUUCAAAGCAGAUUUUUUCCUCAUUUCACUCAUGAAGAUUUGGAAGCUUCGUUUCAACAUCUUCUGGUUAAUUCAGAACGAGAAGACCGGUCCGAUCUUAUCAAAGAAGCUUUUAGCUUAGACAUUUAUAGAAUUAAUUAUUUUGAUUCUCAAAAUGUAAACGAUUGAAAAUAUUUCACUUCAAUGUGAUUUCAACUUGAUCUCCAAUUGAUUCAAUUAUCAAAUAAACCAAAACUAGUUUGAAA